CCUCACACUAGCGACUCAUCUGCAGAUUGGUAUCCUUCACCGCCUGGUUAGAUUCGGAUGCGCGCCUGACUCGGACUAUGAUUGUACUGCCUGUCCCCGUCUUCACUUAUCAACGAUCAAACCCCCCAAUCCGCAUAUACGCUUAACCCUGGGCCUCCAUCGCGUCAUCCUCAAAACUCGACUAACUAUUUGUUUCACAGACCAUCGGUUCUUAGGUCUUCCUGUCACAAUUUUCAUCUCGUUUCUGCUAUAGUACCCCUCCCAUUCUGAGUACAACUAACAUGACGGACACUGAGCCAAUGCCGGAUGUCUCUCAAAGACAACAUAUGCGCUGGACUGGCGAAGAAGCUUUCGAGCCUACCAAUACUUUGGUCCUCACGACACCAUCUCAAGCCUUUGUCGACAUCCGGAUCUUCAACCCGAAUGUUGUUCCCACGAAAGGUGCAUAUGAGCCUGAGCCUUACCUUCCUAACACGGGAGGUCCUAUGUCACGUUUGCAGUGGGCGUUCAGCGGCAUUGCACAAACGGGGAAAACCAACAAUGCCACUGGCGGCACUUACAAGAAGUGGAUGCAUAUCAUUGAUAGCACUUGCCACUGGGGAGAGAAACCGCCAAUUGACGAAGGGUACAUGUUUCCCACCGAAGAUCCGGAUGUGACCUUGGAAAAGGGAAAGAUGAAGCAUCCCGACACAGGAGUACACACCGAAUACGAGGAGCUUUGGAAAAGCAUCACUCCACUGCCCGCGGGGAAGGACUCCGGAAAAUUGGGGUUGAGACACUGUAUUGUUGCCACUCUGGAUGCGCCUGAGAAAAAGGCUCGCGGGAUCGUCAUUCGAGUUGGGCACUUGUGUCAAGGUCUCAUGAUGGUUGAUGAUCGUAUUGACGUAGAGCGCUGGGUGUACGAUUCCAGGGCUGAACAUGAAGUGAAUCCUCCAACGGUUCCGGAGGACGUUCAUCCCAUCGAAGGUUGGACUCGAAUUGCUAAGUUGGGCAGUGGGUUUCUGCCAUGCUCAUGGACCUUUGACGCACAACAGCUACUGGAGGCGGACACAUUGGCGCACGGGGAGAUGAUAUGGCAGAUCAAGGAGACGUACUCCUGGUAAAACCUCUCACCUCAGGCAACACAAACCGUGUGUCUACACAGGAUACACCUAUGAUUAAAAUUGCCAGGGACUCGGUAGGGGCUUGGCUACUACGUUGUCACUGAAUCUGGGAAGCUGCGGCCUUAAUUCAUGGCAAGAGGGUCCCUGGCCCUUCUACAUCCAUGUAUCUUUUCUUCCGUUCCCAUUCGAGCUCGUAUCCAAUAAACAACUCGAGGGACCUCAUUAAUUACUCAAGAUCCUUUUCGUUUCUACAUUUGAGUACCUUUCGUCAUGACAGGAGUCACCUAUAUCCCUAC